AUUCCCUGCUGACUCGGCCUCAGGAGGGCUAGAGGCAAGAAUCAAGCGCACCCAAAUGAGCGCAUCAUUGAUCAUGUGUGCAUCACGCAGAGGGAGAGUGGGAGUGAGAGACGAAAGGCGCAGCGACAGAGCAUGGCAGUUGUAACGCAGUUUGUGUGAUUCCGUGUGCGUUAAUGAAUCUACAACCAUGCUUAUAGUCACCUAUACUGCAUCUGCUAGUUAUAAGUUCAUAUCUGGCUGCAGCACAGUUGGAUUUAUCCUGGCAGCCUGCUGUAACCAGUUCUUCUGUGAAGCUUAAUUAAAGACAGUGAACUAAACUCCUGGACUGCUGCAGUCUUUCUGACCGAAGACUUAGGCCAGACUUGUAUACCCAGCACUUCCAGUAUAUAUAUAUUCUACAAGUGGUCCUUCGAGCCGGAUGUAUACAAGCUGCGCUAUGGCUACACCCAGAGAGUUUAACUACGACCAGCCUGCACUGAGUCCCCGUCCCAGCAGGGUGCGACGCAUUCCCGGACAUCUGGAGGACUUCGAACUCACCUACCCAGCUCACCGUCUUUAUAGUACCACAGUAAGACCAGCAUCACCACUGACAACAACUUACGCAGCACCACUCAGCCCUGGGAGUUCCCCUAACUACCCGGCAGCUGGUCAUUAUGGUACGGCAAGUCCAGAGGAAAGAUGGCAGCGGCUGGAAUCACGUUGGCAAACGAUAAGUCAGCAGAUGAAAGAACUUGAAGUGGAAAUGGACAGGGUCAGAUUGCCUUCGUAUCCACAGAGUGCACAUCUGCCUUACCCUUCAUACCACUAUGCAGCAUUUCAGCCACAUUACAGUAGCCUCCCCCAUUUAGAACUGGGUUACCCUGUACGGCCUCCCAGUCCAAGAGCUGCACCUAACAUUCAGCACCAGGUUCUGCACGCUCCAACACAAGCCCCUGCUCCUCAAGUGCAGGUUGACACUGCUGCAUCAAACCCACAGCCUGCUUCAGAAGCGAUGUCUGUACCAGCUCCCGCAUCCACGGCUCCUCCAGCCUGCUCGCCGCCGUUGGCAACGCAGCCGGUACCCCCUGCUCUAACACAGCCUGCAUUGCCCUUCGCACCACCUCCUGCUACUCUAAUGAUGGCUCCGCCAGUGUCCCUUAUCACACCGCCGCCAGAACCACAUGUGCCUCAGCCAGUGCCCUCUACCACACCGUUACAGCCUGAGCAUGUUCCACCAGAGCCGCAGUAUGAUGCACUUCCCAGGGCCUGGCAGUCUGUUCCACUGCCAUAUCCACCUGUGCAUUAUCCUAGAUCACCCCGUGGUCAGCACUGUUAUCCGACACCUCACCCAGUAGACAGUUCACAUCAGCCAAGUAUGAUGGAGAUGGCGAUUGCUUCAUCAUUUGGCAUUCCUAAACCUAAACUGACUGUAUUCAGCUCAGGGAAAGAGAGUGAUUUUCUUAUGCUCAAAAAGGGUCUGGACAGCUUACUUGGUCCACACAAGCAUUUAAGUGAAGACUAUAAGUAUCAGAUCCUGCUUGACCAUCUCACAUUCCCAUCUGCACUUCAAGUGGCAAAGAGGUAUGUCAACAGUCAGACCCCAUACACAAGUGCCAUGCAAGCGCUCACACAGAGGUACGGACAGCCAAGGCAGCUAGUGCAGGGGGAACUGAAGGCCAUUCUGAAUGCCCCACCAGUCAGGGCCGGAGAUUAUCAAGCAUUUGAGGACUUUGCUACCGCAGUUGGAACUCUAGUGGGGAUGCUCAGUACAAUGGAGGGCCCCUCAUCGUCAGAGUUGAAGUGUGGGUCUCAUGUGGACACCCUACUCACCAAACUCCCCACUAACUAUCGAGAUGCAUUUGCUGAACAUUGCUUUAACCGAGGAAUUAUCCAAAGUGGCAGUGAUCGUACAUACACUCUCCCUGAUCUGGCUGAGUGGCUGGAAAGGAAGGCCCAGACGCUGCAAGUGUCUCGCCAAAUCACAAGCCCCUUCCCAGCUAUACCAGCACCGACUGAGUACAAGGACCGGAAAGCAGUGAGACAACAGAGGGUCAAACCUGCUACUAUUCUGCUUGGGAGUCAGCAGGGAUCGAAGCCCGCUAAUCCUUCUCCGAGCCCUGCCACUGUACCACCCCUGAAGAAGAGAGAUCGUUUCAAGCCCUUCUGUCCUUAUUGUAAUAACCAGGAGCACUACCUCAAUGCCUGUGCUGACUUUGCCACGCUCACCUGUACUGCCAGAGCUGCCUGGAUAAAAGAGAAAAAACGAUGUUGGAAAUGUGGGAGAGGACAUUCCCCAGAAAACUGCACUCUGAAGAAGCCCUGUGCAACAUGUGGAGAACAACAUCUGCUCAUACUACAUGAUGUUGCUGCUGCAGAGAGCGUCCUGACCGUGAAUACGUCCUCCAGCAUGGUUUUCUUGGACCAAGUCAGCCAUUCAGGGCGGGUAAUGCUAAAGGUUGUCCCAGUGCGGUUGCAAAAUGGGGAGAAAACACUGGACACAUAUGCUGUCCUGGAUGAUGGCUCCGAAAGAACAAUCAUACUACCUGCUGCCGUCCAUCACCUUGGCCUUGUGGGAACAGAAGAGAUUCUGUCCCUCAGGACAAUUCGACAAGAAAUCGUACAGCUGAAGGGAGCCACUGUAUCCUUUCAGGUGUCAGGUAUGACAAACCGAAGAGUGAAAUAUGACAUUCACCAGGCUUUUACAGCAGCCGAAGUAACUCUGGCAGAGCAAUCACGUGCUGCUGACCUCCUGACACAACGAUACAAACACUUGAGAGGCUUAUCCCUGCAGUCCUUUGACAAAGUCCAGCCCCUGCUACUUAUCGGUUCUGAUAACCCUCACCUGAUAAUACCUACCCAGCCUGUGCGUACCGGUCCAGUUGGUGGCCCAGUGGCUGUGUGCACAAUGCUGGGGUGGGCGAUUCAGGGACCAGCAAGCUUUUUGCAGCAACCAACAGAUGAGAGAAGCUGUCUGCAUUUGUCCACUCUCUCCUCCUCAGAUGAGCUGCAUCAACAUGUCCAGAGACUCUGGCAGCUGGACACCCUACCCUUCCACACCAACAAGGAGGUGACGCGAUCAGGCGAAGAUAAAGCAGCCAUAGAACGACUGGAGCAAGGGACUGUCCGGGUCACCGUUGAUGGAGUGGUUCGCUAUGCUACUCCACUGUUGCGAAGACAGAAUGCACCUGUUCUUCGGGCACCUCCCACAGCAGUGAUGGCACUCCUCAGAGCGACAGAGCGACGUUUGUGUAACAAUCCAGAUCAAGCUGCUGUCUACAAUGAGGAAAUUCACAAGUUGGAGAAAGCUGGUUAUGUAGUGAAGAUCAGCAUGAAUGAGGCCAGCAGCUCUGCAGAAUCAUGGUUUAUCCCGCACCACAUUGUGUACCACAACAACAAGCCCAGAAUCGUCUUCAACUGCUCCUUUAACUACAGGCAAGCUUCUCUUAACAAGAACCUGCUUCCUGGCCCAGUUCUCGGGUCAACACUGCUUGGCGUGCUCUUGAGAUUUAGAGAGUACGCUGUCGCUAUCAGUGGAGAUAUUCGCGGCAUGUUCCAUCAGGUGCGCCUUCUGCCUGAGGACCAGCCACUUCUACGCUUCUUAUGGCGAGAUGGGGAGAGGGAGCGCAGCCCAGACGUGUACGAGUGGCGUGUCCUUCCUUUCGGGACCACAUGUAGCCCAUGCUGUGCUACAUAUGCCCUGCAACGCCAUGUAAAGGAUCACAGCGAAGACAAUGAAGAGGCACUGUAUUCUGUGCUCCAUGCAUUCUAUGUGGAUAACUGCUUACAGUCUCUACAAUCUCAGACUCAGGCAAAGGACCUGAUAGACAAGAUGAGAGCCCUCCUUGCCAGUGGAGGAUUUGAGAUAAGGCAGUGGGCUAGCAACACACCUGAGGUCAUUUCUCACCUACCAACAGAAGCCAAAUCAACCGAGUGUGAGUUAUGGCUAACCACUAACAAGACUGAACCACAAGAGUCUUCACUUGGUCUCCUGUGGCGCUGCAGCUCUGACACAUUGGGAUACAAGCACCGGGCCAUUCCACGUACUGCACCAACCCUGAGAUAUGUUUACAGAGUACUGGCCAGCCAAUAUGACCCAUUAGGUUAUAUCAUUCCCUUUACAACGCGAGCCAAGGUUCUGGUUCAGGCACUCUGGAAGAAAGAGAGGGGUUGGGAUGAGCCGAUUGCUGAUGAGCUCCUGUCCGUAUGGUUGGCAUGGGAAAGUGAGCUGCCAUACUUGCCAAACCUCAGCUUGCCAAGGUGUUACACUCCUGGUAUCUCAGCUGGGAGCCCCGUGAACCUACACAUCUUCUGUGAUGCCUCAGAGAGAGCCUAUGGUGCGGUUGCAUACCUGAGAGUAGAGACUGACAGCAAUGAAGUUAAAGUGGCAUUUGUGAUGGCCCGAUCUCGUGUGGCACCCAAAAGGCAGCUUUCAAUACCUCGCCUGGAGCUUUGCGCUGCCCUAGCAGGAGCACAGUUAGCCAAAGUUCUGCAGACCGAGUUAACCCUGCCAUUACAGACGACUACUCUGUGGACCGAUUCGACCACUGUCCUUCACUGGAUCCAGUCUGAAUCCCAGCAGUAUAAAGUGUUUGUGGGAACCCGAAUAGCAGAGAUUCAAGAGCUUGUUGGAGCUGAGAGCUGGAGAUAUGUUCCCUCUGAAGAGAACCCUGCCGAUGACAUCACACGUGGGAAAUCCUUAAGGGAUUUAACUAAGCCAACCCGCUGGACAGAUGGCCCAGCAUUUCUCCAUCAGCCUCCCGCUAGCUGGCCUACGCACCCCACAGUGAGCUCGAUGCAGGAGGAAGAGAUCCGCGACAUCAUCUUCUGUGGCAACAUUUCCACAAGCAGCCCGCUGACACCUGAUCUGAACCAGUUCAAAUCCUGGACUGAGCUGAUACAUGCCACGUAUCACGCCCUCCACGGGGCGGCUGCUCCACCCAUGACUGCCUCCAGUCGUAGGGAGGCAGAAAUUGCCCUACUGAAAAGGUCACAAAGUGAGAGUUUCCCGGCGGAGCUUGCUGCAUUGCAGUCGGGUAAAACUAUCAGCCCUAACAGUCGCUUGCUGUCGCUUUCACCUGAAUUAGACCAUACUGUAGGGUUGAUCAGGGUUGGAGGUCGGCUCCGGAGGGCUGAAAAUCUGAAAGAGGACACCAUCCAUCCUAUAGUUCUUGCACCAGAUCACCCUGUCACAAAGCUGGUAGUGCAGGACUAUGAUAACCGUCUGUUACAUGCAGGUCCUGACCGUAUAUUUGCAGAGAUGAGGAGGACCUACUGGAUACUUCGCGGCCGACAGAUCAUCAAGAGACAUCAACGCAGCUGUGUGGAAUGUUGUAAAUGGCGCAGCAAACCAGUCACUCCCCAGAUGGCAGACCUACCAGCUGCACGAUUACGCGUCACUAAACCACCAUACUGGUCCACUGGAGUCGACUGCUUUGGUCCUUACACCAUAAAAAUCGGACGGCGGCAUGAGAAAAGGUGGGGUAUUAUCUUUAAAUGUCUGACCACCAGGUGCGUACAUCUGGACCUCUUGUGCAGCAUGAACACAGAUUCAUUCUUGCUUGCCCUUCGGCGCUUUGUGGCAAGGAGAGGAAAACCCUUUGAGAUUCUCUGUGAUCGUGGCACCAACUUCAGAGGAGGAGAGAGGGAACUUAGAGAAGAUUUUGCUGCCAUGGAACCAGUUUUGAAGCAACAGCUCGCUGAACAGAGCAUUAAUUUCAAAUUCAAUCCACCACUUGCUCCACAUUUUGGAGGCACAUGGGAGAGGGAAAUCAAGUCGGUCAAAGCUUCCCUGCGUGUCGUCCUGAAAGACCAAGCUGUCCAAGAAGAAGUGCUGAUGACUAUGCUUGUAGAAGUGGAGGGCAUUCUUAACUCGAAACCCCUCGGUUAUGCAACAUCAGACAUUGCGGACCCUGAUCCCAUUACUCCUAACCUUCUGCUUAUGGGGCGGAGAGACGCAUCCCUACCACAAGCAGUGUACAGCAAGAGUGACCGACUGGGACACCGGCGCUGGAGACACAGCCAAGUGCUUGCUGACCAUUUCUGGGUUCAGUUUACUCGCAAUUACCUACCUAACCUUCAGCUCCGUCAAAAGUGGCGCAUCACUACCAAGGGCUCUGUGGCCAGUUGGGCGGGUAACUAA